AUGACGCUCUCUGUGCUAGACCGCUUCUACUUGAUCGACGAUGGCUUCUUUUCUUUCAACCUUAAAUACUUAUUUUUCGUCGGAUUAUGGCCAGAAAAAACGCUCACAAGAAACCAAAAAAUUCUUUAUAAAAUGUACGAACAUUUCAUAAGUUUUCUCACAACGACCUUCAUUGUUUUAGCUGGUAUAGGCACGUAUCAACAUAAGGAUGAUCUGGUCGUCGUCUUCUGUAAUAUCGACAAAUGUCUGGUGGUUUACAACUUCUUCUUUAAGACGAUCAUAUUCUUUAUCAAAAGGAAUCAGUUAAGAGAUCUUAUAGAUGAGAUUGAAUCGUCUGGUGAUGAAGUUACAGAGGAAAGAAAGAAGCUGAUGGCUAAUUAUGUAAUGUUUAUAACUGGGGUGACAGCUGCUGUUAUUGGAGCAUUCAGUCUUUUAGCUUUAUUUGAAGGGACAAUGUCUAUAGAAGCCUGGUUGCCAUUCGAUCCUAUGGAGAGUUUGAUGAACCAAAUCCUGUCACUAGAGAUUUUAGCGUUUUGCGUUUUUCCUGGACUCUGCAGAGCAUUUGCCAUGCAAGGAUUAGUAUGCAGUAUGAUAAUGUAUCUUUGUGAUCAGUUGAUACAUCUGCAGAAAGAGUUGAGGGAUUUGACUUAUGUGAAGGAGACAGAAAUCGUGAUGAGGAAGAAAUUCAAGAACGCUAUUAGGAAACACAUUCGUUUAAUGGGAUACUCAGGAAGGAUGGAGAAUAUAUUCAAAGAAUAUUUCCUAGUUCAAAACUUAGCGGUCACUGUGGAAUUGUGUUUAAAUGCAGUUAUGAUGACUGUGGUGGGUGUGCAGCAAAUAACACUACUUAUAACAUUUCUCGCGUACUUAAUGUUAGCAUUAGUAAAUGCAUACAUUUACUGCUACCUAGGAAACGAACUAAUUAUUCAAAGUCAAGGCAUAGCUCUAGCAGCAUACGAGUCAGCUUGGACCUCUUGGCCAGUAGACUUGCAGAAAGACCUGUUGAUCGUCAUCCUUGCUGCUCAAAGACCCCUGAAGUUAAGUGCUGGUGGAAUGGCACUGUUGUGCAUUCAGACUUUUAGUCAGGCUCUUUACAACGGAUAUUCAAUCUUCGCAGUUCUAAACGAUGCUGUCAAUUAA